AUGCCCAAGUGCCCCAAGUGCAACAAGGAGGUGUACUUUGCUGAGCGGGUGACCUCCCUCGGGAAGGACUGGCAUCACCCUUGCCUGAAAUGUGAGAAACGUGGAAAGACGCUGACCUCAAGGGGUCAUGCCGAGCAUGAAGGCAAGCCCUAUUGCACCCACCCCUGCUACGCGGCCAUGUUCAGCCCCAAAGGCUUCAGGCACGGUGGGGCAGAGAGCCACACUUUCAAGUAA